GUUCGAUUCCAGCGAUGCUUGUGCUCAAGAAGUGGCUGCAUAUGUGGUUCCUGGGUCACGCCAGUGAGGAGGACUGUCACGGCGACGGAGACGAUGCUCAAGUUCGUGUGCAUGUUCAAGGUGACAAGCCAGAGCAGGAUGUCCAGGUUCUCCGGCGGUUGCUCAUCCCCCAAGUCAUAGUUGGUACUCCGCCGCCACAAGGCUGCUUUGGCAAGCCAGGGCUGUUCGUGCAAGUUUAUGUUGUGGAUGCGAUGUGGGCAGAUGUCCUCGAGCGCCACGAUGCAGUGCUGGUGGGAGAAGUCGUGAGCACGGUCUGUGGCAAAGAUGCCAGCAUUGUCGAUGUUGUGCUACCAGGCGAGCCUUGGAAAACCCGGCGAUGCCAGCUUGGACAAGGCUACGUAUGGCAACCGAUGCAUACAUUCCCCUCAUCCGUCUUGUCUAGCUUCGAGCUAUUCCACCCGAAGACUUUCUCCAGAUGAAAGGUCUCUUACAAAGCCUUCCAGUUCCUCACCAUAGUUUGUCCAUGGAAAGUGAACGACAACCGAACGAAUCAAGCGCUGCAUGGACAUGACGAAUCGCAUUUUCCACACAAUGUCUUGUAGAACGAUCCUCUUGGACGUCGUCGACUCGCUCGAAAGUCGUGUCGAGACGAGAAAUCAUUCAAAGCGAGAUCAUGUUUUGAGCUUCCGCAUGUUGCCUCCUGUCGAUGG